AUCUUAACAUUUUUGACAAAAACUUCCUACUGAAACAUGGAGCCAAAUGAACCUUUGUUAGAAUCAGAAGAACCACUAUUGGCGGCGGCGGCGGAGCAAAUUAGCUCUGAACUUGAAGAAAUCCUAUCAGACACAAGCUUAUCACGUAUUCAGCGUUUUAGAAGAGCUUCAGUAAUAGAGUUGAGAAAUCUGUUCCGUCUAGCAGCUCCUUCCAUCAUUGUUUACUUGCUUAACAAUGUUACUUCCAUGUCUACACAAAUUUUCUGUGGCCAUCUUGGAAAUCUUGAACUUGCUGCUGCUUCCCUUGGUAAUAGUGGCAUUCAACUUUUGGCCUAUGGUGUCAUGCUAGGAAUGGGAAGUGCAGUGGAGACAUUAUGUGGUCAAGCAUAUGGAGGUCACAAGUAUGAAAUGCUAGGAAUAUAUCUCCAAAGAUCAACCAUACUUCUUAUGUUAACAGGAAUACCACUAAUGGUGGCAUACUUAUUUUCUAAGCCAAUCUUGAUUUUACUAGGCCAAUCCAAGAAAGUAGCAUCAGCAGCAGCACUAUUUGUCUAUGGUUUAAUUCCACAAAUAUUUGCUUAUGCAGCCAAUUUCCCUAUCCAAAAAUUCUUACAAGCUCAAAGUAUUGUUAACCCUAGUGCAUAUAUUGCUGCCGUUACAUUAAUUUUUCACCUUUCUUUAACGUGGCUAGUGCUUUACGUAUUUAAUUGGGGAUUAUUUGGUGGAGCUUUGGUUUUGAGUAUUUCAUGGUGGAUAGUUGUGAUUGCACAAUUUGUGUAUAUUUUGUGGACUGAUAGAUGUAAGAAAACAUGGAGUGGAUUUAGCAUGCAAGCAUUUUAUGGAUUGUGGGAUUUUUUCAAGUUGUCACUUGCUUCAGCUGUUAUGUUAUGUCUAGAGACUUGGUAUUUUCAGAUUUUGAUUUUAAUUGCUGGUUUGCUUCCAAAUCCUGAAGUGGCAUUGGACUCUCUUGCUGUUUGUACGACAAUUCUAGGGUGGGUGUUCAUGAUAUCCGUUGGGUUCAAUGCAGCAGCAAGUGUUCGAGUGAGCAAUGAGUUGGGAGGUGGACAUCCAAAAUCAGCAGCAUUUUCUGUUGUAGUGGUGACAAUGAGUUCAUUUGUGAUUUCUGUUGUGUUUGCAAUUUUGGUUUUAUUAUUCCGCCAUGUCAUGAGUUAUGCCUUCACGGGUGGACAAGUCAUUGCUGAAGCAGCCUCAGAUCUUGCCCCACUCUUGGCUAUAUCUCUAAUACUCAAUGGUGUUCAACCUGUUUUAUCUGGGGUUGCUGUUGGAUGUGGAUGGCAAGCAUUUGUGGCCUACGUUAACGUUGGAUGUUACUACGUUGUUGGCAUUCCAUUGGGUAUUGUUCUUGGAUUUUAUUUCAACCUUGAAGCCAAGGGAAUAUGGUUGGGAAUGUUAGGAGGAACAGCUAUGCAGACUAUCAUAUUAUUGUGGGUCACCUUUCGAACCGAUUGGGAGAAAGAGGUGGAGCAAGCAAAGAGUCGAUUAAAUAUGUGGCAAAACAAUAUUAAAAAACCAUUGUUCAAUGAUUGAGAGUUAUAUUAAUCAAUAGGGAUUAAUGCAUAUGUAAUAGUUGACUUAUUAGUACCUUUUGGUUCUUGUUUCAUCAACUAGAGAUGAUAAUUACAUGGGCGAGCACGAGCUUAAUAUUUAUCAAUAUGAAUUAAUAUAAAGUUGUUUU